CCGGCGAGAAAAUGUUUCUCCUCCGUCGUUAUUACACCAAAAGAACCCUCUUUUCAAUCCCCAACCCCAAUUCCAAAACCUCCAAUGCAUCAUCGACCAUUCGCCAUUUCACCACCCUCCAACCUCUACAAACCUCCGAUCCAACCCAACCAACCAAAGGAGACUACUUCGCCACAAUCAACCACGUCGUAAACCUAAUCCGCCGCGAAAUCCACCCCGAACGCUCCCUAAACCGUCUCCGCCUCCCCUUAACCUCCGAAUUCGUCUUCAGAGUCCUCCGCGCCACCUCCCGAUCCUCCAACGACUCUCUCCGCUUCUUCAAUUGGGCCAGAUCAAACCCUAACUACACCCCAACGUCAAUAGAGCACGAGGAGCUCGCAAAGUCGUUAGCUUUACACAAAAAAUACGAAUCCAUGUGGAAGAUCCUCAAGCAGAUGAGAGAUCUCUCCCUGGACAUCUCCAACGAGACUCUCUGUUUCAUCAUCGAACAGUACGGUAGAAACGGACACGUGGAUCAGGCCGUUGAGCUAUUCAACUGCGUGGAGAAGACUUUGAAGUGUAAACAGACGGUUGAGGUUUAUAACUCGCUGCUCCACGCGCUUUGUGAGGUUAAGAUGUUUCAUGGAGCUUAUGGUUUGAUUAGGAGGAUGAUUAGGAAAGGACUUAGGCCUGAUAAGAGGACUUACUCUGUUUUGGUUAAUGGUUGGUGUUCCGCUGGGAAGAUGAAGGAGGCUCAGGAGUUUCUUGAUGAGAUGAGUAGGAAGGGGUUUAACCCGCCGGCGCGUGGACGUGACUUGCUUAUUGAGGGGCUGUUGAGUGCUGGUUACUUGGAGUCUGCUAAGGAGAUGGUGGAGAAGAUGAGUAAAGGAGGGUUUGUUCCUGAUGUUCAGACUUUUAAUACUUUGAUUGGAGCUGUGAGUAAGUCUGGGGAAGUUGAGUUUUGCGUUGAGAUGUAUUACACUGCUUGCAAGUUGGGUUUAAGUGUGGAUGUUGAUAGUUAUAAGAUACUUAUACCUGCGGUUUCGAAGAUUGGGAAGGUAGAUGAGGCGUUUAGGUUGUUGAAUAACUGUGUGGAGGAUGGGCAUAAGCCGUUUCCGAGUUUGUAUGCUCCUAUAAUUAAAGGGAUGUGUAGGAAUGGGAUGUUUGAUGAUGCGUUUAGCUUUUUUAGUGAUAUGAAGGUGAAGGCUCAUCCGCCGAACAGGCCGGUUUAUACCAUGUUGAUAACGAUGUGUGGUCGUGGUGGGAAGUUUGUGGAUGCGGCUAAUUAUUUGGUUGAGAUGACUGAGAUGGGUUUGGUUCCGAUUUCGAGGUGUUUUGAUAUGGUUACUGAUGGGUUGAAGAAUUGUGGGAAGCAUGAUUUGGCUAUGAGGAUAGAGCAGUUGGAAGUUCAGCUUAGAGGAGUUUGAAACUUGGAGAUUUUGUAGAAACACAGUUGCUCUUUCCCUGGUUCGGUUUGGUUUAGUUAUGAUAAUACAUUUGUAUUACCUACUAAGAGCUGAGUGGGUGUUAGGUUAUACUUGGAUUUGGGAGUUGAGUAUAGUUGCUGUACGGUUGUCUUAUUUGUUCAAUCUUUGCUUGAUACCAAACUAUUGAUCUUACAGUGUCCACACAACACUUGCGUGGUCAAUCAUUGGUUUCUCUUCCCUGGUUCGGUUUGGUUUAG